CAUCAACUGUGGCUGUCUAAGGAAAAAUUUCAGCCAAUCGGAUCACAGCGCGAGCGAGAAUAGCGUCACCUGUUAGCUAACACCUGCAGCUGGACGAAGUGUCAUGGCCAUGUCUCUCUGUGACGACACACUGCUGUGUAACUUCCCCAAGUGUCGGAGCAAGUUGAGCGGCUUCGCUUGGGUCACGGCGUGCUCCCACGUCUUUUGCGACCAGCAUGGAUCUGGCGAGUUCAGCCGCUCCCCUGCCACCUGCCCCGCCUGCUCCUCUGCGCUGUCCGGCAAGCUGGACAUCGUGAGGACAGAGCUCUCUCCAUCUGAGGAGUACAAAGCCAUGGUGUUGGCCGGUUUGCGGCCGGACGUAGUUUUGGACAUCUGUGCUCGUGCCUUGGCCUUCUGGAGCUACCAGGUCCAUCAGGAGCGCAUGUAUCAAGAAUACAGUCUCUCCCGCGCUGAAGGACAGCUGAAGCAGAUGGACAAGCUCCUGACCCAGCAGAACCAGAGCAGAGAGCUGGAGCUCUCAUCCAUGAGAGGGGAGAUCACAUCCCUGAAGAAAGUGAUGGAGGAGUAUAAGAGGAAGUACAGCGAGGUGUCCGAGAGGCUGAUGGAGAGAAACAGGCAGUACCAGAAACUGCAGGGGCUGUACGACUCCCUGAGGCUGCGGAACAUGGUGGUGGAUGUGGGUGAGAGGGACACACAGCCCCAAACAGGACAUCAAGACUUAAACCACGCAGCGGCGUCUCAGCAGGCGACCCCUCUGAGGAGCCCCCAGCUUUUCUCUCGUCGCCCCGAUGCGCAGAGUCGCUUCUUCUCCUGCCUGGAAGCGGAUGGAGCCAAGCCCUUCUUCCAGUUCCGCUCCCCAGCCAGAGACAGAGGCCGCCCCUUCGUCAGUAAACCGUGAGACUAAUCAGUUCACCUUCAGCUGCUGACAAAACGUCAAUGUUUUGGUUUCUUUAGGAAAAAUGUUAGUUUUGUGUACAUUUGUGACACAAGUCUUCCAUCAUCGAAUGCUUAUAAAGUUGUUGUAUUUAAAGUGGAACAUGUUUUUGUGUCACUUUUUGGAAAAGUUAGUUAGAUAUUUAAAAAAAAUAUUUGUAAAGUUUUUUGUAAGCUGCAGGAAGACUCAAAGCAACUACUGAUACAAAAAGCUGUUUGCUUCUUUUAAUAAAGUAAAAAAAUAUAUA